AUGGUAAGAGCAACGCGAUCGCGUACGCGUCGAUCCCACCUUUUGGGUGGAUGCAGCACAUGCAGGCGUCGACAUGUCAAAUGCGACCAGAAACGGCCUGCUUGCCGUACAUGUCGGAAUGCUGGGUUGAAAUGUGAAGGGUUCUCAGACCAGAUACGUUGGAUGCAUGAGAAUGAAAGUGAGGAAGUCGAUGAAGGAACCCGGCAAGCCCGUCGGCAUCUCUACACAGAGCAAUCCCGUCUCUCGAUGAGCACAUCCUUGAAAGCGAACCUGGUCUCUGGCUCAAUAGAUGCGUCACUUUCCGAAAUUGACCUAAGAUCACGAGAUCCUGAUCAUGCACCAACCGACGAUGUGGUUAUUGGCCCAUUUGGAGUUAUGAAAUUCACUACUACAACAGAAACACAGGAGCAAUCAAGUGAGCUUUGCGAAGCUCAAGUUGUGCCAUGCGAUCCUGCUCCUAGCAUAGAAUCAACAACCGCGGCCAUUCCAGAUGGCCUACCAGAGACCAGUCCAGGGUCUAUAUUUGACUCUCUAUCCCAGAUGGAUGAUUUCCUCCAUUGGUCAGAUCUCCUAAGUUUUGACCUCGGGCAGCCAGGGUUUGCAUCACAUCCCACUUUGAGCAUGCCGAAUGACAUAUCAUAUGAUAUGGAUACCUAUGGCACCGAUGUAGGACUACUGCCAUUUGCUUCAAGCAUAGCUGUCGACGAUCCCAUGAGAGUGCAAACUCCACAACAGGUCGCACCUGAGUUGAUGUCAAAUGACCCGAAUCUGCUGAAGGAUGCUCAAUUCCUUCUCAAGCACUUCCAGGAUGUGGUGAUACCUCAAAUAAUGGCAAUUCCCCAUGGUGUGAAGUCACCGUGGAAAAUUCUAAACUUACCUACGGCAGUUGUUGCAUUUGGUGAUUCAACAUUUCUUGGAACAGAGAAUAUAAGCCAUGCCAGGCUAGCUAAUCUCUAUGGCCUCCUCGCCUGCUCCGCUCUUGACCUUGCCUUAACGCCAUCUCACGAGAUGCAGGAAUCUAAGGAUCAUUGGAACCGCCUUAUGGACCAGUUAUACCAAAAUGCCAAGGAUCAUAUGCAGAUCUCAUUGCAGCAUGAGACCCAAGGACUGAAAAAGGCAAAAUAUAAAGACCAGCUCAUGGCUGCAAAUAUUCUCACCCAGUAUGCAAUUCUAUCGGGACAGCAACAGCAUGCACGUUGCUUUUUGAUUGAUGCAGAGCGUCUCCUCCGUUUACGUGGUCUUUCCAAAAGUCGCAUAUCUAAAAAGGCACGUCUUUUACAUCAUGUCUACACUUGGCUGCGAAUCCUCGGUGAAAGCACCUUCGUUCUCCAUGACUAUGGCCUCUCUUAUUCUUGCCUGAAAAGUCUCGGGACAUCGACUCGAACAAAUACAUCAAGUCUUACGAGUAACUCCAAUGCAGCGUCCGCCAACGAGGGAAAUCCUCGCCUUGACGAUUUUCUACGACUUGAAAAUCAGAAUUCCGACAACGAUCUUAAUAUCGACGAGCCCAAAGAUCGGGCAGCGGGGUAUAGUGAUAUCCAUCUUCAUGAUUCACGCAGCUUCUCCGAGCACCUCUAUAAACAAAUAUACGGGAUUCCAGAAACAUGGCUUAGCCUAAUGUCACAGACCACUAGACUCGCAAACGUCAUGGAGGCCUUUCGCGUUGCAAGGAGUUCAGGGAAAACUGUGAGCAUGGAUGUCUGGGAGAAGCUACAACGCCGGAGUAUGCGACUGGAAAACAUGGUCUGCUCCUUAAGUCUUGGAGUUGCACGCGGAAGAUCAGCAGAGUCACAGGCUACUUCAAAACAGCACGCCUAUAUGUUAGAGGCUCUGAACGAAGCGCUUAUGAUAUUCUUCUAUCGCCGAAUUCGCGAGGUUCAUCCAGCUGUACUACAAGGCCAUGUUGAUAAUGUGAUCAAUGCACUUCUAGCCAGCUCUAUCUCAUCACAAGAUGGCCAUACGGGCCCUGGCACAACUUGGCCAGUUUUUCUUGCUGGAUGCGAGGCUCUUACCCCUACAAGGAGAGAGGCUAUUUUGAGGUGGCUGGAUACUGCGAGCUCAGACUGUGGAUUCACCACUUUUGCGACCGCUCGCAAAAUCAUGCUCAAGGUUUGGAAUAAGCAAGAUGAGCAUUUGAGGGCAAAUCGAGGAGAUAAGAUGUUAUCAUGGAUUGAGAUAGCCAAAGAGGAGCAGACAUGGCCUCUGUUCUGCUGA